CGCAUAUGUAUGACAGCUUACAGGUAAGCUGAAGUGAAGGGCCGGGAGCCGCCAUUCUGCAAAAUAGCCUAAGGAAGUAUAAAACGCGAUCAGCUGCAAGUACCAGAGCGCAUAGUUACCUGUAUGUGUAAUCAAUGUUUAUCUGACCUAACGUAGGAUAAGAAAGGGACAGUGUGGAAAGUAUCAAGAAACAUAACAUAGCGAACAGUGGAAGCCCAUGGAGGGCAUGGCCCACAUCGAAGACAAUAUGACAACACAAAGAUUAUACUGGUAUAGAAAACAAAGGCUAACACAUAAUGGGACACCAAGAGGGUUCAUGCCCCACCAGGUGAGCAACAUGGCAGAAAAUUACAGACAAGAGCCUAGUGGAUACAGUAACAGCUUAGAACACAGCAGUGGGGCACCAACAGCUGGAGGUAGUUCCUCUGGGAGACUAAGCUCGUGUCGCUUUGACAGAAACGAAAGGUACUCUAGCACAUCUGCUGAAGGAAAAGACUCAAAAACCAGUCAACCAAAAAAAGAUUUGAGUAAUUUACCACCUCUAGAUAUUUCUGAAGUCAUCGAGACAUUAACAACUUUGUCAAGUGAAGGAAAACUUGCUAAAGGGAAUCCUUCGCCUAAAAAUGGUUCAGACGAAGAAGCCGUCAGAGUCAAAGAAGAGAAGGGCGACGAACAGCCACCGAAAUCGUGGAGAUCAGCGAAAGUAAAAAAAAGAACAAGGACAACAUAUACAAGAGCACAACAAGUUGAGCUGGAAAAGGAAUACCAUUAUAGCAGAUACAUAUCGAGGGCGCGAAGAAUCGAACUCGCGAGGGCGUUAAGCUUGACCGAAAAGCACAUUAAAAUAUGGUUUCAGAAUAGGAGAAUGAAAGAAAAACGGGACGAGGACGAAAGGGACGAGACUGACUGCUCGAUGCCUUAACAUCAGGGUUUGGUAACAAAUUGCUUAGUGGAAUACUUCCUCACACGAGACUUGAAACACGUGCUGCAAUUGGGUGACAACCUCGCUAUGUGGGGCUAAGUGCUAAAAUAACGCAAGGAAUUAAUACUGGUAUUGUCAGUGAAUUUUCAGCUGAUUCAUGAAGGAUGAACACUUAAGUGACUCUGGUAAGAGGAUGAGUGAAGCAAAAAAAAAACAGAAAACAACUGGUUGGAGAUGGCUGGAAAUGAGCCCCUUAAAAACAUGUACUGGUUCAGCUUAAAUGUUUUUUUUCGUUUCUUAUUCCGUUUUAAACUUCAAAGUCUAGUUAGAGACACUGCUAGCGUUUAAAGGAUGAAAAACGAGUGUCGCGUGUAUUCAAAA